UGCAAACGUAGCACAUAGCUAUUCUUAGGCUGUUGUUGCCAAUACUGUCUCCAGAUUGUCUUGGCCGCGUCUUAUUCACUUCUGAGAAUUAACCAUGGAAGGGAACCUGUGCAAUAUCCAAGUGCUUCUUCAGGCCGCCGAGUUUUUGGAGAGAAGAGAACGAGAGGCAGAGCAUGGGUAUGCAUCAGUUCUGCCUCUGAGUCCAGAGGAUUCAGACAAAAGAGGCAAGCAGAGGGGCAAGAAGAUAUCAGCAGGGGGCAAUAGGUCGGUUCACAACGAGCUGGAAAAAAACAGACGGGCUCAGCUAAGACACUGUCUGGAGCAGCUAAAACAGCAGGUUCCUCUGUCAUCUGACUCGAUGAGGAACACCACCCUCAACUUGCUCAGACGAGCACAGCUCCACAUAAAGAAGCUGCAGGAGCAGGAUGAGCGUGCAGAACAAUUGAAGGACCGCUUGCGCUGGGAGCAGAGAGAGCUGCGAGUUCGGCUGGAGCAGCUGCAACGAGGCACGGAGAGGAUGAGGAAUGACAGCCUGGGGUCUGCCAUGUCCUCCGAGAGGUCUGACUCUGACAGAGAGGACGUGGAGGUUGAUGUGGAGAGCAUCGUGUUUGAAUGUGUGGACUCUGAUGGACUGACUGUUACACACGCUGACGUAGACCACUGCUACUCCAGCUUGGACAGAGCCUGGCUAUGACAGCUGUGAAACUAAGCUCAUCAGUCCUAAUUCGGAGGGAUGGAAGAGGAGAAAACAUUCCAAAAGAGGGCAAUAGAGGAAAAUGGAGGACACGAAAGAUUGGUUUGAAAUGUCACUGUGUAUGUUUGAACUCUUUCCAGGACAUGAUACAUUCUUUUCAAACAUAGUGUACCAACAAGUGGAAUGGUAAUGGUUUGCCCAAAUGAGCUGUGCCCAUUUGCACUGAAUAGCAUUUUUUUUUAAUCACUCAUCUAAGAUGGAAGAAAACCUUACACGCACGCUCAUCUAUAGAUAUAUAUAUUUCAAAGCCAUGAGGUGUGUGGUGAUCACUGCCUACAAACAUUUAAAUAACACAAUUCUUAUCUGGUUUAUAAUCUACCUUUUCAAGGGCUGUUUUUAUUUGAAAUAUUUAACUUAUUUUCUUUCCAGUAUUUCUACAUUGGAGUCUGCCUUAAAAUGGGGUUGAUCUACUAUUAUAUACAGCUUUCUUUCAGCACUAAGAAGUUUCUAUUUCAGGAAUUAAGUAAAGUCAUGGUAUGUAGCAUGCACUUAUACAGUAACCUUUACUAUAUUUUCUAUUAAUGUUGUAAAAAUUGUCCUUGGUUUUAUUAUUUUUUCCUCCGUUGCACAAAUCAUCCACAUGUUGCACUUGGUCUCCGAAUGGUUGUGGGUAUACCAAUCUCAACAUGGGAAAAAAGACCGGUCAUAUUUGCACAUUUCAAACCUGGCAACUAAAUAUACCUGAUACUCAUUUGAUGACUUUGUACCCAACUAGUUUUUCAACCAAGUGCAAAAUUAAUGAUGCUUUUAUCUAUUUUAAGGAAAAAUUGUAAAAAUGCACCUGUUCCUUACAUAGAACUGUUUCUUCUUAAUCGCUAAUAAGAACGUUUCAAUCUCUGUCUGCAUCACAACUAUGCAUUUCAUUGCAUAUGCAUCUGUCAAUAAAAUGUUGAUCAUGCAUGCAGUAAGCUGACCACACUGUCACCAUAGAACAUGUUUGCUUGUAAACAUUAUGCAGCUUUUACUGUUAAUUGCUGCAAUACAAGUAAUUUUAUCCCCUUUACUACUGUGCAUUAUUACUCUGAAGUGCAAUUUGCCUUCAGGAUUUAAUAUGCAAGACAUCUUUUUACCCAGCAAGUGAAUUUAUACAAUUGUCGACAUAUCUCUGUUCUCCCAGUAAUAUUAUGUAGCAUUUUCUACUAGUGUAUGCCUUUUUAUGAAUAAAUAUUCUAUAUUUAAUACUUACUGUCUUGAUUAUUUUACAGUAAAAUUGAUGCACCUAAUGUUAGGUGUUGAGAUUGCAUAUAAGAUCCUCUUACUGUACAUGUUUAAUAAGUAAUUCAAUUUCCAUUGCAGAGCAGAUU